GUGAAGGUGCGCCUGGAACAUUAGCCGCUUCAACUUUCCGGUCCGAAGAGUGUGAAAAAUUUGGGUGUUCCGAGAUGACAAAUUUCCGGACCGGAUAGCGAUUCUCAGAGCCGUUGCCCAUGGCUGCAAUAUCACAACGUCGUAAGGUGGCCUCAUAGGAUUCUUCCUUUUUAAUCCAUCCAACAGAGAUACAAUGGGUCGCGUCAGAACUAAGACCGUCAAGAAGGCUUCCCGCGUCUUGAUCGAAAAGUACUAUCCUCGUCUUACGUUGGACUUCCAGACCAACAAGAGAAUCUGCGAUGAAGUCACCAUCAUCCAGUCCAAGCGUCUCCGUAACAAGAUCGCCGGUUUCACCACCCACUUGAUGAAGCGUAUCUCUCGCGGUCCCGUCCGUGGUAUCUCCUUCAAGUUGCAGGAAGAAGAACGUGAACGCAGAGACAACUUCGUUCCCGAAUUCUCUGCUUUGGACACCUCCGUCAUUGAAAUCGACCCCGAUACCAAGGAACUCCUCAAGUCUCUCAACUUUGAGAACGUUCCCGGUGUCCAGGUCACCAACCCCGUCGCUGCCUCGGCCCACUCUGACUUGCGUCGUCCCCGCCGUGACAACCGUGCUCCCCGCAAGGCUGCUGAAGCUUCUGCUUAAAUA